CGCUCGCGUUAUUUCGUGAAGUCUGGGAAUAAGGAAGUGGAUGUCGACCCGUCUGGUGUUGUUUUGAGGAUGAUGAUGGAGGAGGAAGAAUUAGAGUUUGCCGAGGAUCUUGAGGCUAUUUUGCAUCUUACUCCUGAGGUGCAAUUAGCGAUUGAACAGGUUUUCCCAAGCCAAGACCCACUGGACAGGGCGGACUUCAAUGCUGUGGAGUAUAUUAAUACACUGUUCCCAACCGAACAGUCACUUGCUAAUAUUGACGAUGUAGUGAACAAAAUUCGUCUCAAAAUUCGACGUCUAGAUGACAACAUCAGGACAGUGGUGAGAGGCCAGACCAACGUGGGACAAGAUGGAAGACAGGCUCUGGAGGAGGCCCAGAAUGCCAUCCAGCAACUAUUUGGCAAAAUCAAAGACAUCAAGGACAAGGCAGAGAAGUCUGAACAAAUGGUCAAGGAGAUUACCAGGGACAUCAAACAGCUGGACCACGCCAAGCGCCAUCUCACCACCUCCAUCACCACGCUCAACCACCUGCACAUGCUGGCCGGGGGCGUGGACUCCUUAGAGGCGAUGACCAGGAAGCGGCAGUACGGCGAGGUGGCCAACCUUCUGCAAGGAGUGGUCAACGUGCUCGAACACUUCCACAAGUACAUGGGAAUACCCCAGAUCAGACAGCUGUCUGAGAGAGUGAAGGCAGCACAAAGUGAGCUGGGAACACAAAUCCUGGCUGAUUUUGAAGAGGCUUUCCCCUCCCAAGGGUCCAAGAGAAGUGGGGGUCCCAGUAAUGUGCUGAGGGACGCCUGUCUGGUGGCUAACGUGCUGGACCCCCGCAUUCGACAGGAGAUUAUCAAGAAGUUCAUCCGGCAACACCUCUCAGAGUACCUGGUGCUCUUCCAGGAGAACCAGGACGUGGCAUGGCUGGACAAGAUCGACCGGCGCUACGCAUGGCUCAAGCGGCAGCUGGUGGACUAUGAGGAGAAGUACGGCCACAUGUUCCCCGAGGAGUGGUGCAUGACAGAGCGCAUCGCCGUGGAGUUCUGCCACAUCACCAGGGUGGAGCUGGCCAAAGUGAUGCGGACGCGGGCUAAAGAGAUCGAGGUGAAGCUGCUGCUCUUCGCCAUCCAGAGGACCACCAACUUUGAGGGCCUGCUGGCCAAGCGCUUCACCGGAUGCACCCUGACCGACGUCCCAGGGCAGAAGAAGGCUGACAGCCCCCUGCAGUCCACCAACCCCUUCCUGGAGGACGAGGCUGCGGACGACCCGGGCUCCGAGAAGGAGGAGGACCUGGACCGUCCCAGGAAGCCCAAGGCCCCGGACAACCCCUUCCACGGCAUUGUGUCCAAGUGCUUUGAACCCCACCUCUACGUCUACAUCGAGUCCCAGGACAGGAACCUGGGCGAGCUGAUUGACCGCUUCGUGGCGGACCUCCGAGCCCAGGGGCCCCCCAAGGCGGGGCCCGAGGAGGGGGGGGCGGUGCUGCCCAGCUGCGCCGACCUCUUUGUCUACUACAAAAAGUGCAUGGUGCAAUGCUCCCAGCUGAGCACCGGGGAGCCCAUGAUCGCUCUCUCCACCAUCUUCCAGAAGUACCUGCGCGAGUACGCAUGGAAGAUCCUGUCCGGCAACCUGCCCAAGACCAGCAGCAGCAGUGGAGGACUCACCAUCAGCAGUCUGCUGAAGGAGAAGGAGGGAUCGGAGGCAGCCAAGUUUACUGUGGACGAGCUCUGCCUCAUCUGUAGCAUCCUCAGCACCGCCGAGUACUGCCUGGCCACCACGCAGCAGCUGGAGGAGAAGCUCAAAGAAAAGGUGGACAAAGUCCUGGUGGAGAGGAUUAACCUGACUGGGGAGAUGGAUACCUUCAGCACGGUGAUCUCCAACAGCAUCCAGCUGCUAGUACAGGACCUGGAUGCUGCCUGUGACCCAGCUCUCACCGCCAUGAGCAAGAUGCCCUGGCAGAGCGUGGAGCACGUGGGGGACCAGAGUCCCUACGUCACGUCGGUCAUCAUGCACAUCAAGCAGAACGUGCCCAUCAUCCGGGACAACCUGGCCUCAACGCGCAAAUACUUCACGCAGUUCUGCAUCAAGUUCACAAACUCUUUCAUCCCCAAGUUCAUCAACCACCUGUUCAGGUGUAAGCCAAUCAGCAUGGUUGGUGCUGAACAGCUGCUCCUGGACACCCACUCCCUGAAGACGGUCCUGCUGGACCUGCCCUCCAUUGGCUCCCAGGUCAACCGUAAGGCCCCCGCCAGCUACACCAAGAUCGUGGUGAAGGGCAUGACCAGGGCCGAGAUGAUCCUGAAGGUAGUGAUGGCCCCUCAUGAACCAGCGGUGGUGUUUGUUGACAACUACAUCAAGCUACUGGCUGACGGAAACCCUGAGACCUUCCAGAAAAUCCUGGACAUGAAGGGUCUGAAGCGCAGUGAGCAGAGCAACAUGCUGGACCUCUUCAGGCAGAGGCUGCCCACCCCCCCCUCGGGGUCCGACGGCGGGCCCAGCCUGUCCUUCAGUGCUCCCACACCUGAGCAGGAGUCCUCGCGCAUCCGCAGGCUUGAGAAACUCAUCAAGAAGCGGCUGUGAGGAGUGGAUCUCCCCGCCAUGUCUUUUCAUGCUUUAGUUACACACCCCAGACUCUCAUCUCACUGUGAAG